AGAAGAUAAAAGUUAAUUAAAUAUGAGUUCAUUUGUUGCAAAUUCUCAACACAACAGUAUUCUUAAAAGAAGAGCCAUGCCAAAUAAUGGAAUCUCUCUAGUCAUGAAGACUCAAAAGGAACCUGCUGUACCUUUGAGAGCCCAAACAAGGUAUCCUGGCAGUCCAAAUCUUAUGGAACCUGACAAUGAUCAUGACAAGAUUAAAUUAAAUUCACGUGAUAGAAGGAGAGAUCGAUGCAGGAAUACUACGAACCAAAAGAGAUGCUUCAGUUUUGAAGAAAAUAUUACGAGAAGACAUCAGACAGGAAAUUUGACAGUGAAGCAUAUUAAUCAUGCUCAAGUAUUGAACAAGUGCUAUGAGCUAAGAGGUGGCUUCAGGAGUAUCGUCAGAAGGUUUAACAGAGGAAAGCAAGGCUUUGUAUCUCCAAGGUGACUACAGAAAACAAUCCAAAAAUUAAGACUAUUUAACAAAUCCCAGCUAGCUCAGAAGCGUACCUUGGUUAACUCUCAUGCUCUACCAGUCUUAUCAAAUCUAAGGAAGAAAGUAAAAGCCAAACAUUUUCCUGGAAGUGUAGCAAGGAGGGCUAAAUCACCUACCUACAUUAGGAUUCAUGAUGAAUCUAGACUUAGCAAUGACUCUGAUCAAUUUGAAGAUGGCAUUCAAAGAGCAGUCUCUAGGCAAACACAUGAUCAAGGUAAGCUCACCUUGGAGCCAAGGUCGAUUCACGAAUUCAUCAAGAAGUACGAUGCAGAAUUGAAAAUGUUUGAGAAAACACUUAAGUUCAAGUAAAGAUUUCUUAGCAUCUUUUGAAUUGUAUGAGGACUAGGAGGUUAUAGCUAGACUUAUUCUCCUAUUUAUCCACAUAAUUAGGAAGGUCAAUGUUAUGAGGCAUAUCUGACUCGAGAGCUAUACCCCUAGUUUUUCCUACUUCAAAGGACCAAGAAAUCGGUUUAACUAUUAAUUUUAAUAAUAUCUUCUUACAC